CUGGCGAUGCAUGGGUGUCUGUCCUGCGGGGUGGGAACGCGAGGAGGUAUCAGCUGUGAGGAGAGACUGAGAGGAAGAGUGUUGGUGUUGAGACGUGAAGAGAGAGAGAGUGAGAGAGAGAGAGCCGAACAAAGCCACUCUCACUUUCACACGCCACCACCUGCGCCGCGACUGGUGUUACAGAUGAAGGCAGCACUCAUUCUCGCGGUCCUCGGGGUGGCCUCUGCCGGGAACCGGUACGGACACGGCGGCGGCGGUACCGUGACUACUGUUGUGAGUCACGGCGGGGGCCAUGGCGUGGGCGGUGGCGUGGGCGGUGGCGUGGGCGGUGGCGUGGGCGGCGGCGUGAUCGUGGGCGGACGUGGCGGCUACGGCAGCAACGACUACCUGGUUGAUCUGAGCUACGGCUACAGCGACUACCACUUCUCCUGGAGGCACGACGGAGGCAGGAAGUACGACGGCCAGAGUGCCAACUACUACUGCAAGUCCCUGGGCUACGGAUGGCAGGGCGUCAGCAUCGAGACUCCCUAUGAGGACGCCAUCAUCUCCAAGAUCAUCUACCAUGACAACGUGAAGUACAUCUGGACCAGCGGCUACAGGAGCGGCUACUCCUUCCAGUGGGGCUCCGGCAACCCAUUCUACGGCAUCAACUGGUCUUACACUGGCAGCCAAGGCAAGCCCCAGCCAGACAACGCUGAGAACGGCAAGGAAUACUGUCUGGCCGUGCUCAACAACUUCUACAACGACGGUAUUAAGUGGCACGACGUCGCCUGCCACCACGAGAAGCCCAUCAUCUGCGAGCGUCCCCGUGUGUAUGGCGGCUACGGCUCCUCCCACGGCUCCGUCGGCGGCGGCUCCACUGGGGCUCACAAUGCUGGUGUUGGUGGUGGUGUUGGUGGUGGUGUUAGUGGUGGUGUUAGUGUUGGAGGUGGUGCCUACGGUCGCUAAGUGUGGAUUGACAUGCAAGCUCCAUGAUUUGAAACACCAGUCUGCUCCCACCCCGGCCAUCUGCUACUACAGUGCUGCUUUCCCUCUUCUCUUGUUUUUUCCUCCUUUUUUGUUUGUCUUGUUACCGUCACGUGAUUUCUGUGUCGUGGCGUCUCUCAAGCACUUAAUAAAUGAGUUGUGUA